GUCUGUUAUUGUGUGAGCGUCGAAGUUCAAGAGCCGAGUUGUUUAGAAACGCGUUUUAAUUGUCCCCUGUGUCGGUGCGCCUCAGAAUGUUGAGUGUGGACUCGUUGCCCGUUGCCGAAGAGGAGGUGGUGGAGUCCAGCUCAAACAGGCUGGGGGACAUUUACACAUUUGUUGCCGAGGGCUGUUAUCCUCAAACCAUGAAUCCGAUUCGCAAGAAAAAUCUCAAACGAUAUGCUCAGAAAUUUAUGAUUGACGAUGGUCGAUUGUAUUAUGUGGGACCAAAGAAAGAAGAAAAGCGAGAAGUAGUGAUUGAGGCGGAGCGGAAGAGAAAGAUAUUCCUGGAGUGUCACUUCAAUGAUGUUGGACAUCACCUGGGACAGAAGAAGACCGUUCACAGGAUUCAGAGUAAAUACUACUGGCUUGGCAUUGUCAAGGAUGUUGUGGAUUGGAUUAAAGUGUGUGAAACGUGUCAACACGCAGAGCGGAACAAAAACCUGGCUAGAACGGUACGACCCAUCAAGGUGGAUGGUCCAUGGGACAUUUUGGCCGUUGAAAUAAUUGGUCCAUUUCCAGGCACUGCACAUAGAGGGAAUACGCACAUUGUUAUUAUUACAGAUUACUACAGUAAAUGGGUAGAGGCCUUUCCUGUACAAAAGAAAGAUGGCCUCUGUGUUGCAAGAUGCAUUUCCUCAUCUACUUGCAGAUUUGGUCCUGCUAAGACAAUAUUUUGCUCUCAAAGUGCUGACUUCUGUGAGGAGGUUACAAAGCACCUGUGUGACCGGUGGAACAUAGCGCAGAGAGUGCUGUCAGUGGACCAGACGCAGCGCAACGCACUGUUUGAUCGCAGCAGUAAUAUGCUGAGGGAUGCCCUAAAACAGAUGGUGGUGGAAAAACAGGUGGAGUGGGAUGAUUUUCUCGACCCGGUUUUGGCCACCUUUAGGACAUCGGUCAACGCUACGACAAAAUUUACACCGCACUUUUUAAUAUUCAACAGAAAAGCCAGCCUAUCUAGUGAGGUUGAUCCUCUUGGUUGCUAUCAGGAUCAGGAGGAUGAAAGCCUUAAUGAAGAGGACACAAAUGCUUUUCUUUCCUCCUUGCAGGAGCAGCAGAAUAACAUCAAACAGAUGGUAGUCACAAAUAUGAAUGAUGCAUACAGACAAGAAAAGAAAAAUGCAAAACGUAAGGCUAGAAAUAUGCCUUCCAUCACUCUCACUGUCACAGACCCAUUGUUCAGCACAGAGGAAAUGCCCUCAGCAAAAAAGCUCAAGGAAAGCCUCUACCUGUCUUUUCCAGUAGAGACGGUCUUAACCGCAGCCCAGAAUGUACCUGAAGCCAAGAAAAAUGGCUUGGAAUAUUCUGAUGUGCACUGAAAAUGCACCGAAUUUGAAUAUUCAUAAAGCACUAUCUGCAUGGGCUACAGCUUGAAGACUUGAUAUCUGCAGAUGAGGUCUACAGAGAGCAGGUCAAGCAGAUGAACUCGUGUUUACUUUCCGUUUCAGCACAUUAUGUAGCAGAUUAAAAUGUGGUAUAAUAUUCACCUCAUUCAUUGAUACAGAUGACGGUCUUAGUGAACUACAUACCCAUAGUGACUCAUGUCACAAAAGACAUUUUUUAUCUGUAUUUGCUUUAGGUGACUCAUCUGACAUGCAUAGAUUUCAGUAUUAUCUGAAAGAAUGUUGUUUAAACUUGAAUGAUGAAGAUUGUUAUGAUCAGUGUUUCUUAUCACAAUUUAAAGUUUACUAUUAUAUAUCACCAAAGUGUUUCUCUUGCCUUUGACUGAGUCUGAAUUUGCAGAAAGCAAAUUUGCUUUAUUGUUUAUUUAAUCAUCUGUGGAAAGGAAACAUUAAGGUUCUCUGUGUCUAUAAAUAGCCUACCUUUUGCUCCAUCGUGUUUUAAAUUAGGAUAAAUGCUAUCGAACAGUUAACUCUUUUUAUUUGCCAUAAACAGAUUUGUUGAUCGGUUAAAAUCAGUUAUUCUGUGGUCAAUACGACACAUCUCAUGCAACUUCCUUUUUGCCUUUGAAAUAACGAGGGUUGAACAAAGGUGCAAGAAUGUGACCACAGAUUGCAGCAUAUUUCACAAUGAGGCUGACCUCACCUUGUUACAUGUUUUAUGAUGAUAUGGCUGCCAAGUGACAAAAUACCUGAAAUAGACCGUUUAGUGUUGAAAUGCUGUGUUCUUGUUUAAAAUCGCAUUUGUAAUAAUUUAUAAAACAUUUGUUAAAUUUCAUAUUUGCAUUUAAUUAUAUAUAAAGCACCAACCAAUUUGA